GCCGCCUGAGUGAUGGCUGCCAGUGCGCCAACCCAGCUGCCUGAUGGCUGGCUGCGGCUCGAUGACAUCGACAUCAUACACAGUGAGGGCGGAACGGCAUCGUCAGGAACCAGACAGCUGGCUGACGGCAUCAUUCGUCGGACCUUCACUCACCCACAGCAAGUGACGGAUCUCAUGGAAGAAAGAUUCUCAAAUCAAUUCUUCGAUCUCAUGCGGCAUCGUGCCGACCCGAAUGCCGAGCUCUGCCUGUGUGUGCGGGGGGACAGCGUCCAUUAUGGGCUGACGUAUCGGCUGCUACAGCUCGCCAUCGACAAUUUCAGCGACAACGCCAUCUCCACCGUCCACGUGAGGGACGGCAGCUAUAAUUGGCAUCCUGUGGCCUUGCCUCAUUGGUCAUCGCCGGAGCUCGAGACGGCCAUCUUGAAUGCCCUCAUCGACGGCGGCGCCAACGUGGAUGAGCCGAUCUCUACGGACGACCGGCCCAUCAGGAUGGCAGUCCGUGGGGGCAAUGUGAGCGCUGUGGAGGUCUUGUUGGCGCGCGGUGCUGCGGUGCGCCGUCCCCAUAGCCCUACUUUCGUCAUGGAGCUGCCCAGGCUCGUCACCGGCCGAGUCGGCAUACAGGUGUCCCCGGGCUAUGAGGAGCGGCUGCUGUCGAUAUAUCGACGGCUUCUCCAGCGUGACGGCACACUCGCCACCGAAGGAGACCAACGUGGCCUUCUGAUCCACAGUGCAGCCAACAGCGAGCGAGGAAGCUACUCGCAGGAAUUCAUCGAUUCAUAUCUCGACCUGCUGGUGGAAAACGGGGCCGACGUGACGGCGGUGGAUUGGUCUGGAUGGACGCCUCUGCACAAUGCGGCACGUGCCGGCUCUUCCCGUGUGGCGGACUUCCUCGGCCGCCACGUGCCAGCAGCCGACAUCAACAGAGGGACGACGGGCCACCCCAACACGACGCCCCUGAAAGAGGCUGCCUCACAGCUCGACGACGCGAUUCGGCGUUCGCAGGACGCCAGCAAUUCGCAGCACUUAAGAGACCGAGCCACCAGUGAGAUCCCCCCUUAUGAGGCCAUCAUCCGCAGCUUGCUGCGAAGCGGAGCGGACGUCAGCCGUAUCCCCAGACCCAGAGCCCCCGUAUGGCGGCUGCGGCGCCGUUGCCGCGAGCUGGUGCUGACCCGUUACACGACAAUGCUCAACACCGACGUGCACACGGGGGCGAUGGCGGCCGUGAAUGCGGCCCUCGCCCCUCAGCGGUCGCUGGCGGCCUUCCUCAUGAGGUCCCUCCCGACCCUCCUCCCCCACCUGCUACAGCCCCCGGGCACACCUGCGGCUGAUCCGCCCCCCGCCCCCAAUGGGUACGGCCCACACGAGGCAGAGGCCAUCGGCUGGAAGAUCGCCGCCAUGUGCUUCGACUGGGAUGCCGCUGUGACGACCAUAAGCGGCAGCAUCGGCCUCCGCAACAGUGCCCUCGCUCGUCGCAUCACCGCAGCAGCGGAGCACUUCGUCAAGUCGGCUGUGUUCGAGGCGAGCAGCAACAGGGAGGUGGUGGGCGGGACGAGGCAGCAGCAGCAGCAGCAGGGCAACAAGCGCGUCAAGGUCAUCGUGCCCCGGCUGCAGUGCUUCGCCGUCAACGGAGGGCAGCAUGGCACACACAGGCGGCUGGGGCUCAGUGAGGUGGUCCACAGGGCGCGGCUGGACGAGGCGGCCCGACACGGCAUGGAGGAGGGGGCCAUCACUCAUCUGGGCGCUGCCGACUGUGAGUUUGGUGGGUGGCAGCAGCUGGGCCGCAUCGACGAGCGGGGGCAGUGGGUGACCCUCGGCAUCAACUGAGAGGGAGGGAGAGGGAGGGCUGUGGGCUGGCUGGGGGGCGUUUUACGCUGCCGAGCGGUCAUUAUGGACCAGAGAGGGACUGAUGGAGGGAGUCAUUUAUGCGUGUGAGCGGAUAGCUGAGGAAAUUGAUGACAGUUUGACGUUUUCGUGCGGCAGUGUGAUCGGAUUCAUUGCUGCGUGCCGAUAUUCAAGCGUUUCCCAGCGUCAUUCUGGUGGUGAAUAGUCCGUUUCUGAUGGUGGAAGGCAUCGUGCAUUGCCCCACACGCAUUCACGCAUCUGAUGGAUACGUUACACACAUGACUGAAUGGAUGGAUGGACACGCCACACGGAGGAAGGAACGGACAGACAGACAGAUGGCUAAAAAACUCGGC